AUGAAUGCUGUGGGCCUAUUUGCGAUAUUAGCGAUAUUGAAAACAACGGUUGCAUUCAAUAGUUCCAGUGAAAAUGGACAACAUCAAAGCAGUUUCAUACGGUGGAAAAAUCACUCCCUGUUGGCGGAAAACUUUAAUUUUGGUUUAGAAGAAGUAUCGAGACUUAGUCGUGGUUUUGUCGAUUUCCUUUCGACAUUUGAAGACCCGAUAUUGGUUGGAGACGCUCAGGACUGUGUGGAAACUAUACGACAUCUUGCCUUAGCCUACCUUCAGGGAGAUCAACAUGCAUUGGAAUGGUACGAUUCGUGGGGAAAGAUUCCUUCAGGACUGCACUACGGCAAUGGGGCAAGCUUCGGUAAUUACGAACAGUGUCGGAACUACCGAUGGCAGCAUAUUCGUGGUCAGCAUUGCACUUUUGCAGCCUUGCUCCCAAACGAUCUACCGGUUCUGCGGUCCAGCAUUUGCGUUCCGGAUAUCUGCGCUCCCAAAACAACGGAGGAUUUGUACGGUUCUUAUUUACUUUCUCAAGGCUUGACGCUGUUGGAGACGAAGGAUCCCGAUAAGGUCUGUGUCCAGGAUCGUUCCAUUGAGUUCAACGCAGGAGUCGUUGUUGCUAUAGCUUUGUUUUCGAUAAUAGGAACACUUGUUUUGAUGAGUACAGGUUACGAGAUAUCAAUGAAGUUGCUGUAUCGUAAAGCGAACCCUGUUCUCGCUGCCUUUGCUAUUCACAGCAACAUUAGAAGCGUUCUGCAGAUAGCUGCCCAACCAAAAAAGGAGUCAAAACAAAGAAACACCAUCGAGUGUGUUUAUGGUAUUCGAGCUCUCUCGAUGAUUUGGAUCAUCGUUGUUCAUGUACACGAAACCGGGCUGGAAAUUCCAGUGGAUAACGCUACGGCUAGAGUAAUGCAUAUGGCUAGCUUUUUUUCCUCUGCAAUCUGGUUAACGGGGUAUUUUGCCGUGGAUACAUUUCUAGCUCUUGGUGGGAUGCUUGCGGCAAUGAGUAUACUCAGGGAGCUGGACAAGAGGCGCACAAUCAAUCUACCGAUGUUGUACUUGCACCGAUACAUACGUAUUACAGCUCCUCUAGCAGCUUUGGUACUCAUGAGCGUGUCUUUUAUCAAAUACAUAGGGGAGGGAGUCAUGUGGAAAGCAGUAAUUGAUCCAACACAAGAAGUUUGCUUGAAGUAUUGGUGGUCCGUCCUUCUCCACAUACAGAACUAUGUCAACACGGAAAAUAUGUGUCACGUACAUACCUGGUACCUAUCAGCGGAUAUGCAGCUGUACCUCAUUGCACCGGCCUUAGUCUAUCCACUGUGGCGCUAUGGUAAACGAAUUAUUUGGGGAAUUGCAUCCCUGGCAUUGCUAUCCAUGGCCUGUGUACUAACAACGUUCCUCGUCAACGAGUUUCGCAUGAGCGACUUCGCUGCCAGGGGAGUUCUGACGUAUUAUCCAACGCAUGCUCGGAUGUCCGUCUGGUUGUGGGGACUGAUCUUUGGAUACUUCCUGCACUACAAUAAGAACAAGAAAGUCGACCUUCCAUCACAUUACCUUGGACUUGGAUGGAGCCUCUGUUUCGCCAUUUUAGCUCUGACCAUCUUCUCCUUCCAUAAGGUUUUCAACUCGGACCCAGCCACUUUUUCGUACAUAGCGGAUGCGUUUUUCGAGUCAAUUAGUAGAUCGGCUUUCGCCGCAUGUGUUCUGUGGAUUAUCUUCGUCUGUUCCAACGGCAACGGUGGAAUUGUAAACGAAAUUCUCAGUGCUGCAAUGUGGCAGCCCCUGGCGAAGCUGUCCUUCGUCAUGUACCUUCUACAUUUGCCGAUACUGCAGAUCGCCUCCCUGGUCACCGUCAACACUGUCCUGCACUUCAGCUUCGCUGAUCUGCUGUACAGAAUAUGGGGCGCUAUCGGAUUGACCGCUACAGUUGCCCUGUUUUGGAGCGCAUUGUUUGAGAUUCCAUUUGUGACUUUAGAUAAACUUUUACUGAAUCAAUGAGUCACCGAAAAUUUUAGCUUCAUUUAUGCUGAAAAUGCAUUUAGACUUAGUGCUCUAUUUUUUUUUAUACACAGGUUAUAUUAUGUACAUGGCAUAUCCAGCAAACAUUUAAGAAAGUAUAUCACAGGAACAACAUAAUUAUUCAAACAAAUAAACCAGCUGGAAAGAUUGUAUUAAACUUACCAAAAUAACAUAUAGUUUCAAAAGUGGAGGUGACAUAUCUACAAUGACAAGAAACAAACGAUUUAA